AUACGUGUGAGGGCAGAACAGCUGGCUGCCAGGAGCGGGGGAGCGGGCUAGGUAACUGGAGUUCCUGGGCUGCGAGUAGUGCUAACAAAGUCGGGAAGGAGAAUGUCGGCUGAUGUGCAAGUAAGAAGGCGCAAGAAUGCCUCUGGGAAGGCUGCAGGGCCAGAGCAGGCACAGCCUCGCAAGCGGAUUGGCAGCCUUAUGUGCAGGAUUUUUGGCUUUGAUUGGUCAGACUUGUCCAGUUGGCACCGCUUCGUCUGUCUCAUGAACCGACCCACUGACCCAGCAGGGCUUGGGCUAUUCCGCUUUCUAUUCGGUCUGCUGAUGGUCCUGGACAUUCCCCAGGAGAGAGGCAUGAGUUACCUGGACUAUAAGUAUCUGGAUGGGCUGGACGUGUGCAGGUUCCCUCUCUUUAACUCUCUGCGCCCACUGCCCUUGGACUUCAUGUAUUUGGUCUAUGUGAUCAUGCUGCUGGGUGCCCUUGGGAUUAUGCUCGGCUGCUUUUAUCGCCUCAGCUGUCUCAUGUUUCUCUUACCAUACUGGUAUGUUUUCUUUCUGGACAAGACCUCAUGGAACAACCACUCUUACCUCUAUGGUCUCAUAGGUUUCCAACUGUGCCUACUAAAUGCCAACCGCUACUGGUCUGUUGAUGGAUUGCUGAACCCCCGCAAGCACAAUGCACAUGUUCCGCUUUGGAAUUACACUAUUCUUCGGGCUCAGAUCUUUAUUGUUUAUUUUAUUGCGGGUGUAAAAAAACUGGAUGCUGACUGGGUGGAAGGUUAUUCAAUGGGAACUCUCUCCCGUCAUUGGUUGUUUGAUCCUUUCAAGCUCUUUCUAUCUGAUGAUAUGACCAACCUUGUGGUUGUGCACUGGGGAGGCCUUAUUUUGGACCUGACCGCGGGUUACUUGCUGUUCUUUGAUGUGACCCGUCCAGUGGCUUUGUUUUUUGUCAGUUACUUUCAUUGCAUGAAUUCCCAGCUCUUCAGUAUAGGCAUGUUUUCAUACACCAUGCUGGCAACCAGUCCUCUUUUCUGCUACCCUGAUUGGCCUAGAAGGCUGAUUGCUAAACUUCCCCGCUUCCUGCACUAUGUUCUGCCCCCGACGCAGCCCCCACAGGAAAGUACGGAAUGUGUGUACCCUGGGCGGAAGGGAAGGGCGGCUUCCCAGCCUAGACUGUGGCACAAGCUUGGAGCAAUCUUUACUGUGCUUUACAUUAUAGAGCAGCUCUUCUUGCCUUACUCUCAUUUUAUCACUCAGGGCUACAAUAACUGGACAAAUGGACUCUAUGGAUAUUCAUGGGAUAUGAUGGUUCAUUCACGUUCACACCAGCAUGUUAAAAUCACCUACAGAGAUGGAAUCACUGGGGAAAUUGGAUACCUUAACCCUGGGGUAUUCACACAGACGAGGCGCUGGAAAGACCAUUCGGACAUGCUGAAGCAGUAUGCUGUCUGUCUGCAGGGCCUGCUGGGUGCAUAUAACAUCUCACAACCAGAGAUCUACUUUGAUGUGUGGGUGUCUAUCAAUGACCGGUUUCAGCAAAGGCUAUUUGAUCCCACUGUUGACAUCGUAAAAGCUGAAUGGUCUCCAUUCCAAAAGACCCCCUGGUUAAAGCCCCUGCUAGUUGACCUUUCACCCUGGAGGGCAAAAUUUCAGGAGAUAGAGGACACUUUGGAUAAUCAGACUGAUAUAGUAUUCAUUGCAGAUUUCCCAGGCUUAUUCCUGGAGAACUUUGUAAGUGAGGAUCUGGGAAAUACAAGCAUACAUAUCCUUCAGGGAGAGGUUAAUGUGGAAAUCGUAAAGGAGGAGAGGAAUACAACUUUAAGAGAGGGAGACCACAUGCAGUUACCAGCUGGUGAAUAUCAUAAAGUGUUCACAGUGUCUCCAGGCCCUUCCUGCUAUAUGUAUAUCUAUGUAAAUACCACCGCUGUGACCCUGGAGCAGAACCUUACGCGGCUACUAGAACUGAAGGAGAGGGCUGAAAAUGGAAGUGAAACUAUUCAACUUCCUCCAGAACUCCAGCCCAUUAUCUCGGGUACUGUGGAGGACAUCAAGAACACAGACCCCCUUGUUCUCGCCUACCUACGCAGGCAGAAAAGGCUAGAGCUGUCAGAAAGGAGAAGGAAUGCCACUUUAUUGCAGAGGUUUGAGCGAUUCUGCGGAAAGAAAUACUACCUGCUACGUCGAAGUUUCCUUAUGACUGCAAUUGCUAUGAGGAACUUAGCGUUAGGCCGUCCAUCACUGGAACAACUGGCACAGGAAGUCUCAUUUGCAACUAUUAAGUAUGAAGACCCUUUUAUAAAAAGUGAGAAGCAUCAAGAUAAUCUCCAGCUUGAUCCAGAGCACUUGGAAUUGUGACCCCCAACAAAGCAGAUGGUAUCUAAUCCUGCAGGAACCAAAGCACUGGGGAACAGCGUUAAGGGAUAUAGAGAUGCUAUUAAGACAAGUGCCUUGCUAUUGCAUAGCCUCAGGUCAGUAGCAGCAAUGUUUCCUGGAAUGUACACAUUCCAGUAUUUUUUAAAAAAAAAAAGUUGCAUGGAGUUAUGCCGAAUAGUGCACCAUUGAAAUUGCUUCACAUGUUUACUCACUGGGCAUUUCAGAGUAUUUCUAUUAAAAUAAAAUUAGCUCAAUUGUGUGAGCAUUUUGGUGAAAAAAAAAAAA